CAGCACCGAAGUUUUGCUCAAGUUCCCGACAAUGAUGAGCAGUUCGUUCCAGAUUUCCAGACUGAAAACUGUGAGUAAGAAACCAUGUCGCUUUUCUCUGUGUCUCUUUGUCUGUGCAUGUGUUAUGUUUAUGUGUGUGUGUGAACAUCUGUGGCGUUUUUCUUUUUUUUUCACUCAUCUUCACUGGUGUGUUUGUACUGGCGUAAAAAGCAAGUGACUGUGUGUGUUUUUCCAUGUCUCUCAGUGCCCUCACCUUUGCUUGCACAAGUGCUCUCAGGAGAGCUGCAGCAAUCUUGCAGGUCUACAGGUGCAUGGUUUGGGUUGGGGGGUUAUCUGUGUGUGUGUGUGUGUGUCUCUGUUUUCCCUUGUUGUUCUUGGGACCGCUACUGAGAUAUUAUUGCACUGUGACUUAUUUGCAUAAGAAAACAUCAAAAUAUUGUGGCUAACUUUUUUUUAGGUAGUUGAAGUGGUAUUUUUAACUCCAGGUAGUCCAAACUGCUGUCAGUUGAUGUCUGUUUUGAAUUUUCUUUUUUAAUAAAAUCUUAAAAAUAUGCUCCUCCUUGACCUUUCCCCAAACUCCUUUUUUGUGCAAACCAUGGAGUGUGGUUAUAUUUUCUAAAUCAGGCGGUGUAAUAUUAAGUACUCCUGCAUUUAUCCUUCUUUACUUGGAGGUUGGCUGGCCUUCUUUUACACUCCCUAUCCUUCACUGGAGAUUUUAAAGCAUGAAAGCAAGUAUGAUCUGUUUUUUUGUGCUUUUUUCCUCCUUGCUCUACAUAUUUUAUCCAACAAAAGGACAAAUUCUGUUUCUAAGAAUACUUCCUAAAAGUUUUAAAACAUUUUCCAAUGUCUGACAAGAGUUCAUUUUUCACUCACAGUGAUGAGGAUAAGCUAGUUGGUCGUACUUCACCUGGCUGUAUACGGUGGUUGCACACGGUGACUGGUUACUUGGCACGGCCCAUUUCUGGAGGAAGUAGUGCCAAGGUGGGGACAGAAAUUGAUGGCGUUCCACGGACUGCAGCUGAAGAUCAAGAGGGAGCUGCACAGCCCGUGUUCAGAGCUGAGCUCCAACUGUAGCCAGGAGCGGCCCUUCAAACUCCAGUAUGGAGAGAAGUGCCCGUACAGCAUCAGUGCCUAUGAGCAGAAGCAGCCCACAGGAAUGAAGCCCUCCAGCCCAGUGACACCCCCCUGUAGCACCCCUGUGUCCCCACUUCAUCAUGGCUCACCCACGACGGCCCCAACACCCAAACCAGACAGGACCUACACCCACAUACCGCCCUCGCAGCCUCUCCCUGAUAACGCCUACACUAUGGACCACAGAUUUCGACGUCAGCUCUCAGAGCCUUGCCACUCGUUUCCCUCCCCGCCGACAAUGGCUCGGGACGGCCGGCCCAUCUACCACAGGCAGAUGUCGGAGCCCAACAUCCCUUUCCCUCCUCAAGGCUUCAAACAGGAGUACCCCGACCCCCUCUUCGAACACCCGGCCAUGAUGGGGGCCCCUAUUCCCCACACAUACCCAGCCGGCAUGAUGAUCAAGCAGGAGCCGAGGGACUUCACCUAUGACUCAGCAGAAGUGCCUAGCUGCCAUUCUGUCUACUUACGGCAAGACGGCUAUCUGGCUCACACUAACAGGACUGAAGGUUGUAUGUUUGACAAAGUGGCGAGGCACUUCUACGACGAUACCUGCGUGGUGCCUGAAAAGGUGGAAGGCGACAUCAAACAGGAGUCGGGCUUGUACCGUGAGGGCCCGUCGUACCAGCGCAGAGGCUCGCUGCAGCUCUGGCAGUUCCUGGUGGCUUUACUGGAUGACCCGUCCAACUCCCACUUCAUUGCCUGGACCGGCCGUGGCAUGGAGUUUAAACUCAUUGAGCCAGAAGAGGUGGCACGUCGGUGGGGGAUACAGAAGAACCGGCCAGCGAUGAAUUACGACAAACUCAGCAGAUCAUUGCGCUACUACUACGAGAAGGGAAUCAUGCAGAAGGUGGCCGGCGAGAGAUAUGUCUACAAGUUCGUGUGUGACCCCGAGGCCUUGUUCUCCAUGGCGUUUCCUGACAAUCAGCGGCCGGUGCUGAAAACUGACAUGGAGCGGCAGAUCAACGAGGAGGACACGGUGCCGCUGUCGCACUUUGACGAAAACAUGGCAUACGUACAGGAGGGACCCUACUGCCAGCCGCACCCCUACAGCGAGGGCUACGUUUAUUAACGUCAGCCCUACAAAACCCACACCUCCACCCUACCCUCCUCCCACCUGCCUCCAUCCGUACACAUGAGACUGUCGUGUCCUCUAACUCGCAGCCGCUCGGGGAAUUAGACUGAACACACACAUGCAGCGGCGCUUCCCUUCCCCUCUGUCUCAAACACGUACACGUCCUUUUGCUCUUGUCUUUCUGACCGCACAGCAAGAUGGAGAGUGCACUUUAUGGACCGGAAUGGCACGAUGUUAGCCUGCCGGGGGCUAGCUAUGUGAUUGGCUUUUUACUCAUUUAUGUUUGUACAUUAAUGUGGGAAUCAUUCUGUUUGUUUGGUUGUUUUUUGAAGUCCUUAUGAUUUUGAGCAUGUGCCGCCCUAACGAGACUGGACUAAUUUACGGUCACUUUGAUCUCCUGCUAAAGAAACCGUCUCAUCUACACUCACAAAAGAUGGCCAUUUGUUUGACUGUCUUUCUUUUUGUCUUCAUCCUGUACUGGAAACGUGUUAACGAUACUUUUAUGGUGAAGUGACAUGAUUAUAGACUUGAAAAAGUAAUGUGAUUAUAAAAGAGACAUUUAGCUAUCAGUGAGAACUGCCUCGCCACCGGUCUGAACACCGCACCUCUGUCCGUCAAUGCCCGUCGUCCAAUCAGACUGUAGAUUUCAUCAUGUAGGUGUUGUAAUGACAUAAACUCCACUGGAUCCUCAGCAGCUCAACAACCUUGUGGGUCAGUAAAGAUGAGACUUUCACUUACAAGGACGCACUCCGGGAAAAAAAAAUGUCUGGAUGACAAAAAAAAUACUUUCUCUGCGUCACACGUGAAUGGCCUGUGUUUAGGAUCGAAGACAAAGCUACAGGCUGCUGUAAAAUAAGUCAUUCACUGUAAACAGCAGUGUAAUGCGUCAGAGCAGGAGUCACUCAUUCGUCCUUCAGGUGUUCAGUUUUUCAAUGGAUAACAGGUGAAAAGUGUAUGUACAGUCAAAGUGGUUACAGCAGCCAGUCAGUUCAUAUUCAGGAUAAUGUUUGCAUCCCCAGCUAAAAAACAAAAAACAUCUGAUUUCAUUGGCACAGACAAUAAAAAGGAAAAAAAAGAUAUAAAAUCGAAUUUCUCCCUUGAAUUGUUUUCGGUUUUGUUCCAGGUGAACGAGAGGUGUAUAUUUUGCUUAAAAACUGUUGCUUUGCCAUUAAUAGGUUGCUUUUUGGUUAAAAAAAAAAAAAAAACAACGUAAAAGAAAUAUUUAGAGUUUUAUAAUGUGAUGAAUAAAAAUCAUGGUAUAUUAAAUUGUUCCAUUGUAUAAUCAGGUAAAUGCACAUUUUGUUGCUGCUUCAAAUUGUAAGUGUAUUUUCUAGUCUCGAGAAAAUGACAACAGGGGGAAAAAAGAAAAAAAAAAACAGUGCAGCAGCUAUGGCCUGCUAUUCUGGAUUUCUCUUUAUUUUUUGUCUCUUUUUUUUUCCCGUCAAUUUCAGCAUUAAAAAAAUUACUCUGAAUUUUGUUCUCAAGAUUCACGUGUGUGGGAUGGGAUUGGCAAUAGGAAAAAUUCUGUAAUAAAAUAGUUCUGAAAAACAAAGUGAUGAGCACUUCUCAAAUGUUUUAAUUGAUCAUAAUAUAAAGAAAAGUUUAAGAGCUUCAGUGCUUCUUCUCUUGGCAGUUUUAUGUAUUCCUUACAUAUGAUAAAUCUUUUUUUUUUCAAUCAAGCUGAAUAUUUAUCAUGUCUGUCCCGACAAGGUCAUAAAUUUACAAAGUGGAAGUGGGAAAAGAAAACACCAUAGCAGGUGUGUGUGUGUAUGUGUGUGUAGACUAGCAGAUUAUAGACUCUUGUCAAUUUCCAAGUUGGAAAGAAAACUCCCAAUCACAAAGCAUUUAACCAAAGUGACACCUGAGGAAAAAUCAAUGGCUAAUUUAAGACCUCGCUUUUUCAUGUAGGUGAAUUGUUUCUGUCCUUUUGUGUCUGGUGCUGGCAGUAAUGAAAAAAAAACAGCAACAAAAAAAGCAGCAACACUCCCUUAAAGUUAUCAUUUCCUUUUGUAAGGUGUCACUAUUGCUAAAAAUCAAUGACUAAUUUAAGGAAGCAUUGUUUAAUUGGUUCCACUGAUUUGAAAAAUGAAAACGGAUGUGUAAGUAAUGAAAAAACACCACUUGCCUUAAUUUGUCAGAGCAGGUUACAAGCCGAGCCUAUUACAGUCCCCACGCUUAGGUUUUUCUUUUUUAUUGAUUGUCUGUAGGGAAGGGAAUUGCCCUUAACUUUAAACACCUGAUUGCUUCCCCGAGGAUAUUUAACAACAUCUAAUCCGACAUAUACAAAAGUAAAAACAGCAGUGCGGCUUUUAAUAUGAUGAAUGGCGCUUCUAUUUUGGGUUUUCCUCUUAAAAUGGCACUAAACUGGAGUAAAGAGUGCUUGUUCAGUAUUGAAAAAGUAGGUCAAUGAGGUGAAGACGGGGCUACCUUUUUAGAUAAUUAGUUAUAUCCUGUGUAUUUACUGUCUGAGCACUAUAAUCAAAUGUAAAUAUUUUUAUCAAAAAUAUUUCAGCACCACACUUCUGUUCUUAAGAAGAAAAUGCACAUAAGAAAAUAUAAUCCAACAUUUAAUUUAAGCAGAUUAUUAGAACAUGUAGACAUUAUCAUUGGUGGUGGAGGAAAGAAAUUAAGUGCAUUUAUUCAAGUAUAAUUCUUUGUACUUUGUAUUUGUACUUUUUUUUAGCUCUUUACCUUCUACAUGUAUUUACAGUCCUAUCUAUAUUUAAAGAUAACAGAUUCCAAGUUGUUUAUGCCUUAUAGAUGUAAAACACUAUAUGCUAUACAGUGGUUUACAGUAACAUAUAAAACCCAGCAGUUUAUGUGCAGGCCUGCUACUUUAACAGCAGGACUUUAACUGAGUGCAUUUCACUAAUUCAAAGAUGGGUUUAAAGUAUCUUGACAUUAUGGUACUCUUUCACUUAAAGGAUUUCCAAGAGGUAAGAUUCCUUCUGUAAAGUGGCAGACUACAUAGGCAGACUAUCCCUGAGCAGCUCUGUGCAAGGAGAACCAGUUUUUGCUUCAGAGGCUGUAUGUGGUUUGACUGUUCAAAUGAACUUCACGGUUACAGACCGAACACAAAUGACUGUGGUUUAUUCAAAGUCCCAUCAUUGAAAUCCAAUGCAAACACUUUGGUGCUUUAAAUAUGUGGUGAGUUUUCCAUGUGAGCGGUGAGCUGCUGGUGGGACAACAGCACUGCAGCAUUUUCCACCUGUAUGUCGUGAAUAGUGUGAAGGUCACUUGCAGGAUUAGUUGUCUUACACCUUUUAAAGGCAUUCUGUCGCUGAGGCUGAAAAUCGCCAUGCAAAUCCUGUUAUCUGGCCCCAACUCAGGGAAUCAGGGCCUCAGCUAUCAACAUAUUUACCAUUUAUGGACAUAUGCUUUACAUCCUGUGCCACAAGCCAAAUCCUCCCCUCCUCUGCUGCACUACCGGCUAAUAUUCUGUGUAUCUGAACUGUGAAUUGUGGUCCUCCCCCACUGUAACAAACAGAUGGCCGCUCGAUCUUGAGUCAUCACAAACCCAUUACCAGAGUGACUUGUCCUCAGCCAGGCUGCCUUGAUUCGUGCCCGAUGGCUCUCGCCAGUGUUUGCUCAGGCUCUUAAGUCAUCCUCAGGCUUCACAGCGCACUGUGUUUGCUCAGGUUAAAUGGCUUGUGCUGCCCCUGGAGUCUCCUGAUUGGCUGUGACACUGCAGUGUUUGACAAGUGAAAUGACACCGAGUGGCCCCCGUCGCAGCAAAUGUGUUUGGCUGUUUGAAACAAGUUGGCUUUUAAUACAGCGUGUUUACACACCAAAAAGCCCUAAGUGUGUUUCUAUCUGUGUUGCCAGGGUCUAUCAGUGGCCAGACCAGUGAGCAUAAAUCAUUCAGAGGUAAUUCAGAGGAACAACAGAGGCUCUAAGAGGAAAAAGCAGGGAAAUUAUAAAGCCUCUAUAAUGGAGGCCCCUAUUACAGCUGCUGGUCCAGUUUAAGACGGCCUUAUAAAUGGUUUUAUUAUCUAGGAGGCUCUAUUUUGGCUACAUCUGUUCAGAAUCACCAUUUCUGAGUAUAAUUCUGAGCAGUAAUCAAAAAGUUUUUGAAACACCUUCAUUUUCUUCAGAGGUCGUG